AUGAAUAAUACCAAUGAUAAUCUAUUUUUUUCAGUUUGGAGAAAUAAAUAUUUAUUGAGCGAAAUACAAAGACAUCACAGAUUAUAUAAUGAAAAUAAAAAAAUAGUUAUUGACAAAUCAAUGAACCAGCUUAGAAAUCAUCCAUAUAGAAGAUAUGCAACAAAGAUUAUUGUUUCAGUUAAUGAGCCUUUAGAACCACAUGGUCUAGUUAUUCCCUAUGGUACAAAAGAAAUACAUUUCAAAGGUUUAUUUUGUAUACCAAUAAAUGCAGGUGAUAUUCCAGCAACAGUGACUAGUUUGUAUUUUGGAAAAAAUCAACAAACCAACAUUCAAGCACUUUCUAUACUAAACAUUAUUAAAUUACAAUGCCAUAAUUUCCAAAUAAUCAAUGCAAAUAUGCUUCCACCAUCUCUUACCAGUUUAACUAUGGGAACAGAACAAGUAAUCAAUGUAGGAACUUUUCCAAACUCUUUAAUAGAUUUAAGUCUAUAUCAGUUCAAUAAAAUAAUUAUACCUGGUUCAUUCGGAUCAAUUGUAAAGCUAUACCUUCACUCCUAUGACCAACCUUUAAAAGCUGGUGAUCUACCAGUAACAUGUAAAGUGCUCUUUAUGGGCCAAUAUAACCAACCUCUUCAACCAAAUGUUCUUCCACCUCAUUUAGAAAUACUUACUCUUCCAAGGCUUAUGCACUCAAUAUCACAUGGUGUACUUCCAGAAUCAAUUAUAAAGCUAAACAUUUUUCAUAUUGAACAACCAAACAUUCUAUCAUCUCUAAAGUCAUUAAAAACACUCAAAAUCUACUCUUUUGAUAAAGAGAUAUCCAUCGAUACAUUUCCUCACUCUAUUGAAACUUUAAAGCUGACCCUUUUUACUAAAGUUUUAAAGCCAAAUGUACUCCCUCCAUCAUUGACUAAACUAUGCCUGUUCUACUACAACAAUCCCCUAGUGCCACAUGUAAUACCUCCCAAUCUGCAACAAUUAGAACUUCAAUCAUAUGAUUGUAACCUUGGUAAAAAUUUAUUCCCAAAUUCUUUAAAAUCAAUUUUAUUAUCAAAUUAUAGAAGAAAUUUAUUAGAAAAUGACCUACCAUCAUCCAUUACAGAGCUGGAUUUUGGCGAACGUGGGCCAAACAAACUUGGUGCUAAUUCAAUUCCAUCAUCUGUUAAAGUUUUAAAACUGCCAUUAAACUACAACCAACCUCUUCAAGUCGGUAUUAUUCCCAAUUCAGUUGCAGAUUUAACUUUACCUAGUCAAUAUAAUCAUCCUCUUCAAGUAGGUAUAUCACCAGAAUCUCUAAUUAGAUUAAACUUUGGUUAUUACUUUAGCCAACCAUUUGAUCCAAAUACAAUUAAUAUCCCACAAUCUGUUACUCAAAUAAAACUACCCAAAUCAUAUCCACAUCUAAUACCACCCUAUCUAUACAAAAAAUUAGAUAAAAAAUAA